CUAGGCAUGCAGACUGCUUCCAGAAACAUUUGUGAAAGAAUGGUGCGCUCUCAGGAGCUCAGUAAAUUCAAGCGUGGUACCGUGAUAGGUUGCCAUCUGUGCAUUAGGUCCAUCCGUGACAUUUCCUUGCUACUAAAUGUUCUACGGUCAACUGAUAGUGGUAUUAUAACAAAGUGGAAGCAACUGGGAACAACAGCAACUCAGCCCGCCACUGGACACUAGAGGACACUAGAGGAGUGUCAAAUCACGCUUCUCAGUAUGGCAAUCUGACAGUUGCCAGGAGAAUGGUACUUGCCUUACUGCACUGUGCCAAGUGAAA